GUCUGUCAUUAUACGAUCAAAAUGUAUAUGGUUAAAUUGGGCGGGAAUCGUAUCGAUCUCUCGCAUAUAUAAAAUGUGUGAUGAAGGCGCGCGGCUCAAACAGUCGAAACACACCGCAUCAUGCACGCGUACAUCGCGCUCGUAGUCAUCGUGGCGGCGCCCGCGCUCGCCGCCCCAGGAGACCGCAUCGGAUACGACCGAGAAAUCGACAGCGCCAGAUACAAACAAAUCCCGAAACAUCACGAUUACGUUCUAAACGAAGAGUAUUUGGCGUCACAGAAGAACAGGGCCAAACUCAUCACCAGAAUAAGACCCGACGAACCUGUAGUGGCAGAUAAUGUUAUUUUGGAAUCGAACGUGGUCAAGAUAGUGAGACCCUCGAAGAGGGAAGUGGAACGCGACAUCGGUACGGCACUAGUGCGAUUAAGGCGCGGAUACAACUUGGAAAACGUUAGAGUACCAGCGAGAUAUCCGUAUCUGGCGGUGCCUAAAUACUACCGCAACCGUCAUUGGGGCUAGUAGCCGAGUGGUGUUAAGUCGCGACGGCCAGCCGCGCAUCCUCCUAUGUCAAGGCUACGCUGAAACCACUAUACCUGUGAAGACGGCGAUUCGCGUCUAGAACGCAUCUCUCAUGCAGUGUGCGUGCAAUUCGCUAACACGUCUGUUUAGUUGUUGUGUAUUAUGUAUUUACAAAGUGGCUGUGAACGAGAGCUCGUUUGAUGCAGUUAUGCUAGCAACGUUUCAGCAACGAUUUACAGAAUAGACUCUCAUGAACUUAAGAGCAAAGCUAAUUAUUAUAUUAACAAAAUAAAUACUUAGAGUAAUAAAAAUGUUAUUGAAAUUUAAAA